GGAGAGCAGGCUUGACUCUGAGCUCUUUCAGGGUGCAUUUGCAGGCCAGUCCCACACCCUGGUGAGGUCUUCACAGCGCAGGUGGCCAUGAACCCCGAGAGCAGCCCCAACCACGGAGCAAGGGCAAUGAUGCUCCAGGCAGCCAGGGGGCUGAAGGCUGACCUGAGAGGCACGGCCACAGGGCCCUGGAGGAGAUUGGCCUGAAUGCCAAAGCCUGAGGGGGAACCCCCCUGGGUCACGCUCUCUUUCUUUCUUUCUGUACUGCCGGUUGAGAGAAGCUUUCAGAAUGUUGCUAAAAGCAAUAAUUUGGCUCUUAUGGAGAAGCUGUUUGAAAAGAAGGUUAACAUUAAUGCUGUGGACAAUAUGAACCACACAGCCCUGCACUUUGCAGUGGUGAGGAGACAUUUAUCUGCGGUGGGUUUCUUACUGAGUCACAAAGCCAGGGUGGAUGUUGCCGACAAGCACACGGGUCUGACAGUAAUUCACUUUUCAGCCUGGUCUGGAAACUUCGAGAUCAUGCUCAUGCUAGUUAAAGCUGGAGCAGACCAGAGAGCCAAGAGCCAGGAAGGAAUGAAUGCUCUCCACUUCGCAGCUCAGAACAAUAACCUGCACAUUGUGGAUUUCCUCAUUCAAGAUUUUCACCUGCAGGAUCUGAACCAGCCCAACGAGAGAGGAAGAAAACCAUUUCUUCUGGCAGCUGAGAGGGGCCGUGUUGAAAUGAUUGAAAAACUUACCUUCCUUAAUCUGCAUACUUCAGAAAAGGAUGAGGAAGGGAACACUGUGCAGGUACUACUAACUCAGUGGCCGGAAGUAAAUGAGACCAAUGAGAAUGGAGAAACUCCAUUCAUGUUGGCUUUUGAAGGAGGUCGUGAAGAAUGCAGCUGAUUACUCCUGGCAGGAGGAAAUGAUGUCAGCAUUCCAAACAGACUCAAUGUCAGUGCUUUGCACACAGCCACCCGGAAUGGCCACACGUCCCUUGUCAACUUUCUUCUCAGUGAGAAUGCUGACUGGCAGCAGAAGAAGGAACCUAAGGAGGCACCUCUUCACUUAGCAGUUAUCAACAACUAUAUAGUUGUAAACGGCCUAUUAUUAAGUGCUCAGCAUGAUGUCGACAUCUUAGAUCAGCGGCAACGGACCCCUCUGCACGUGGCUGCUGAUCUUGGAAAUGUGGAGUUGGUGGAGACACUGCUGAAGGCCGGCUGUGGCCUGAAAAUCACUGAUAAGCAAGGAAAGACUACCCUGGCCGUGGCUGCCAGGAGCCACUACAGCCUCAUCUUGGAUAUGCUCAUUAAAGCAGAGAGGUAUUAUGCCUGGAGAGAGGAGCACCAGGAGAGCAUCCAGGACUCGGCAGCAAGCUCGACACUGACAUUCAAGCAGGACCACAGUCUGGAGACCAGGCACAUCUGCACGCUCCUCUGGAACCUGGCCUACUGACAUCUGAAGGCAUCUGACUGGCAGAGGCUGGCCCGCUUGUAGAACUUUAUGGAGGACCAGAUUAUAGCCAUCGAGGAACAGUGGUCAGGUAACAAGAGCUUCCAUGAGCAUGGCUACAGGCUCAUCUGGCUGCACGGGGCUCUGAUGACACAGCCUGACCCUGCCAAACAGCUCUACAAGGAGCUGGUGCAUGCAGGAUUCCCAGAAUUAGCCGAAAAGAUUCAUCAGUUCAAAGGUGAAACUGAUGCAAACCCCAAGAAAUGUGCAGUCUCCUGA